AUGUCGGGGCGCACGAUCUUAGCGACCAUACGCGUGGUCAUCCCGGCGGGUGCCGCGAAACCGGCGCCGCCCGUGGGUCCAGCACUCGGCCAGCACGGACUCAACAUCAUGUCUUUCUGUAAGGAGUUCAACGCGAAGACCGCGGGCUUCCUGCCCGAAGUGCCCGUACCGGUGAUGAUCACCGCGUUCAAAGAUAAAUCGUUCGAGUGGAAGAUGCGGACUCCGCCGACUUCUUACUUUGUCAAGAAAGCUGCGGGUGUGUCCUCGGGUGGUGGGAGGCCGGGUCAUGGGAUGACGGCGGCGAUCUCGCUGAAGCACGUGUACCACAUUGCGAAGCUGAAGCAGCAAGAUGAGGGCAGUCAUCACAUCCCGUUGAUAUCCAUGUGCAAGUCGGUCAUCGGCGCGGCUAAGUCAAUGGGAAUAGAGGUGAUACGGUGA